ACUUGCAAUAAGUGCAAUUAAUUGUGAGCCACGGAGAGGAUGAGAAACGCAUGGCUCCGCUCUGAUGUUGGUCGAGGAACACAUCUCAGUCCAAGGACGUGCUCGAAGUGUCUAUACUACAGUAUGAUUAGUUAAUUAGAAAAAUGUCAAGUGAUCGACUCCCGCAGGACAUCCUCUGCAGCCAAUCAGCGCUCACACAGGCGUUAUGAGUGAGCUGUGAACGCGCGGGGAGGUUCAGAGAGCAGAGCCGAUGACAGAGAUACAGUUCUAAACAAGAGAGAGCGCCAAUAUAUAUAGUAAGAUUAAGCGCGCAUAUCCUUUCUGGGCGAGUUUUCUUUUUCUGUGCGUUUUAAAAAAAGUUUAGAGAUAGGCUGCUUGAAUUAGCCUACUCUGGCCGUCUCGUGGUUCCAAAUGGGUAAAUAUCAGCAAGACUAAACUCUAAAUAUCUAUUUUAACAGAACAGACAGUAUCAGUAAUCGCGAUUAAAACGCAUGUAUCUGUGCGUAAAACGCAGCUAUCAAAGUGUUUUCCUGCAACUCCAAACACCCUAAAAGCGUUGCAAUGGAAAAAUCAAAGAACUUCAGGAUCGACGCCCUUCUGGCUGAAGAACCACAUCGAGGGACCCGAGAAGUAUCACCUGGACUGAGCAGCGACAGCCCGACGGGCAGCCCGAUGUCCUGCAGGCGCGCCGACACUCCGUCCCCGCGCGGGACCCCCGGUGCCAUACAUCUCCAAACCGGAAUCAUACCUAAACCAGGACUGCUCAAUCUCCCGCACCCAGGACUCGCUUCGCUUCCAGGCAUGUACACGACGCCCAUGUACCCCAUUUCAGCUUUGGGAGGUCAGCACCCUGCCCUGGCGUACUCGGGUUUUACGCAGCUGACGCAUUCGUACCCGGAGCAGCUGAAGGCGGCGGCGAUGGCCGGAUCUUUACCGCUGGAGCACUGGAUACGAGCUGGCAUCAUGGUACCACGACUGCCCGAUUACACCUGUGAGUGGGGUAGCAUUCAGAUGACCGCCCCCCAGUCCGGUUUGAUGGGUAAAUGUCGUAGGCCGCGGACAGCAUUCACCAGUCAACAACUACUGGAGCUGGAAAACCAGUUUAAACUUAACAAGUACCUUUCCAGACCCAAACGCUUCGAAGUGGCCACAUCGCUCAUGCUGACUGAGACACAGGUCAAGAUCUGGUUCCAGAACCGUCGAAUGAAGUGGAAACGCAGUCGUAAGGCUAAAGAACAGGCCGCGCAGGUCGAGGUCGAUCGUCAACGCGGGGGAACCAAAUCAACCAAUGAGAGGCCAGAAAGGGACGGCCGCAGGGCCAUCGCUCAAAGUGUGGAGGAGCAUGAGGAAGAGGACGAUCUUGAGGAGGAGGAUGAGGAAGAUGAGGAGGAAGGGCAACACAAGUUCAUAAACGACAACCUUAAUGUACCACGUUCCACAGACUUUCUGCACCACACGUCUGCGUUAAGAUACCACCCUGACAGCCCGUUCUCUGAGGACGACAUGGAGGAGGUGGGAGGAGGCGACAGGAAGAUUGGGGCAGGGUUAUGA